ACAUGGGGGGUGCUGGGCAAAUUAAAACCGUCUCAGCAGAAUCACCAGCGGGAUAAAGGAACUCAAACUUCACGGUCCAACAGAAACUCAGACGAGCCCGACUGUGAGGAAGGACAUCCUGGAGGAGCAGGUACAGGCGGCUGGCAAACGCCCCUGCUUGGGCGAGGGGGGAUUCUUCAUGCCUUUACACAGGGGAGCCUGGAAAGAGAUUCAAGCAAUCCAUCUGUUUGAGAGCCUGAGGAAUCAGGACGGAGUGCUGGGCUGCCUGUAUGUGCUGGAAGGCACCCAGGUGACCUGAUGGAAUAAUUUCACACUUAAGAUGUACCAUGAUUUGAAACAGCUAAACUGUGGAUUUCCUGCUUAUUCUAAGAACUAUUUCACAGACAUAACAGCUUUAAUCAUCCUUAGUGAGCAUCAUCUUCUCAUCAGUUUAAAUUCUCCCAGCAUAUUGGACUUCUGUAAUUCCUCAGUGCUGGGAAAGGUUCCUAACUUCCUCUGAAAGCAACAGGAUUCAGGAUUUCUAUUUUUAAAAUGUGCGCAACUGCAAUAUUUUUUUAACAGUAUCUGUCAGCUUCCGUGGAUAAUCUAAGAAGCUGUGGGAUCCAGUCUUUGCUCGACUUUCAGAUUGAGAAGGCUGAGGAAUAAACCUUAUCUUGUUUUUCCUGAGGAAGAGAGGCAGGUGGGCAGCUAGGAUCAGCUAGUCCUGGCCGGGUGGGAGUACACAGAGGAGGAAGGGAGAGAGAACAGCGUGUACGCUGGAAUAGCACGGUGCCAGUGCUAGGAGAAAUCAUGCCAGAGUCGACCAGGAGGAGAUCCUAGCAGGAGAGUCCCAAGCAGGUCACACCCUCUGAAGGAUUCUCACACGAGACACCUGGGCAGGUCUCCGGAGCGCAAAGGGCAUGGGGGCGCGAGGUACGGAAAACACUUCUGAGGGAAAGCAGGCCGUAUGCCGGACUAGCAGCCACCUCUCCAACUCCACCUACCGCAAGAUCAAGAGAGUCUUGAGCUUCAAGAGACGUGUCUUUGGGCAGCGCCUGGAGGAGACUGCGGUCUACGAGCGGCGCUACGGAGAGCAUGCAGCACCCCUAGUGGUGGAGCAGUGCGUGGCAUUUAUCCGUGAGCGCGGCCUGGAGGAAGUGGGGCUUUUCCGGCAGCCGGGCCAGGCCACGCUGGUCAAGGAGCUCCAGGUGGCCUUUGACGCCGGGGAGAAACCCACAUUCGACAGUUCCACGGACGUCCACACGGUGGCCUCCCUGCUGAAACUUUACCUGCGGGAGCUGCCUGAGCCAGUGGUUCCCUUCUCCUGCUACCAGGAAUUCCUGCAGUGUGGAAAGCGAGUCCACUUGGAAAGGAGACAGGCUCUGGAAGAUCUGAAGAAACUGCUGCGCGAGCUGCCGGUCGCUAACUUCAGCCUGCUGCACUACGUCUGCCGGUUCCUGUUUGAAGUGCAGUCACAUUCCCACAUAAACAAAAUGAGCAUCCAGAACCUAGCCACCGUGUUCGGGCCGAACAUCCUGCGGCCUAAAGCUGACGACCCGGAGAGCAUCAUCGAAGGAGCGGCGCUGGUGCAGCAGCUGAUGUCUGAGCUGAUACAGGAGUGUGACGGCCUGUUUGUUAAGGACGCUGAAGCGGGGCACGGGCCGAGCUCGCUCUUGCCGCCGGAACCUCCCGCAGACUCAGCUCAGUGGGUGCAGAGAUCCUGUCCAGCCAGGCUCGAGGAGGGCGGCCCCGGGCGCCACCAGGCCUCACCACAGCUGUCGCUGCCCUUCGCCUCCCCGCCCCGGGAAUCUCCCCAACCCACCAGAAACACUCCCACAGCCCAGCACGCCUUAGAGAUGGAGCACUGCCUCCCAGCUCUGCGGACCACCUCUCCAGGGGGCCUUGCCGACUUUGCGUGCAGCAGCUACCGCCUGCCCCAUUCCCAGCGAGAGAUCUUGGCGGAAAAGGCUGCCCCCCUGCUCCGCACUGGCCCUCCUUAUCAUUCCCUCCUGCAGGAGGCCCAUCAGGCCAGCGACGCUCAUGAGAGCACACUGUCUGUCUACGACAACAUCCACCUGACCAGCCCCGAUCGAGCACGUGCAGACGGCAGCGUGCCCAGACUCAAUCCGCCAAAAGACGAUAUAGCCAGCGCCGACAGCAGCUCCUGGUCCUCCUGCGAGAUCGUCCUCGAGGGGGGCGCUCUCAGCGUCAGCCUGGGCUCCGGCGGCCGUUCCUCCUCCAGGACCGACGCGGACCAGCCCGGUUCUCUGACCUCCUUGGUCAUCAGCGACGGGUCCCCUAGCAGCUGUAGUGGCACCUUCCUGCCCCCAGCUGGCUCAGACCACCUGCCCCCACCGCAUUCAUCCAAUAGAUCCAUCCAGAGCCUCGUCACUGGGCUCCAGCAGCAGAUGGCCAGGCAGAAGGAGGAAUAUGAGAGCCAGAUCAGAAGCCUGGAGCAGCGUAACGAGGCCCUGCAGGGCGAGGUGUCCAUCCUGCACGCCAACCUGGAGCAGCAGCGGCACUGGUACAACGUGGUGCAGAUCAAGAUGCGCAACGCAGAGCGCGCCUGCGCAGACGCUGACCGCCGCAACGCCCUUCUCCAGCAGGAGAUGGAGCAGUUCUUCGACACCUUCGGGGAGCUCACCAAGGAGGCCAGGAAGACCGAGCGUAUCAUCCAGAGCUUCUGAAGCGGGGCGUCGAGGAAGGUAGACGCCCUGAGCAGGACCGACAGGCUGAGUAACGGACCUCCUGAAACAUCUGGAAAACAAAUCUGGCUGGCAGAACUUCAUUAUGGGCUGGAUGGUCACUCUUGGGAUUACUUGACCCACAGGCUGCUGCGGUAUUUUCUUCGAAGUCAGUGAGGUUUUUGCCAGUCUCUGCACUACCCCCCCUCCAGAGGUUACGUUAAGAUCAGCUCCAGCAGCAUCCACUGAUCCCAGGGCUGAUGGAGGGGCAUGGAUACCCUGGUAGAUUCUACCGAGGGGCCACUCGGGUUUGCAAAAUCAACAAUAGGGGGCCUAAGGUGACAUUUUUUCAGGGGGGGCAGAACCUCUAGCUAUGCCCCUGACUACUGUGUGGGUUUUUGUAAUGCAGGUCACUGCAGUCCUGCCCCCCCC